AUGUGUCGGUCUUUUGCACGGCUGUUGCGUGCACCACCUAUCCAGCAUGCUGGUCCUCCAACCUCUGGCCUAGGGGGUUGUCGCCACCCCUCGUCACGGAUCUCCCCCGAUCGAUCGAUUACCGUGGCGAGUGCCAGUCCACCCGCCCUGCUUCUGGCCCAUGUUCGUCAUGCGGCUCGACCGGUUUUACGCAUUCAUCAUCCUUGGAUUCGCCUGAAUGGCCUCGAAGGCUCGGCGCAAUUCUCGACUUUCACUCGCAAGCUUGUCGCAGCGUCUCCUCCCAACCUUGCACAGAAUCUUGCGCGCGAUAUCGACGACUUCAUUGAUUCGGAAACUGUGGCCAUGGCGGUUGAUCCAACGAUCGCUGAUGUAAAGCCGGCCGAUAUAUUGAAUGGGGAUGUCCCUCCGUCUGCUGGUCGGGCGGAGGCUGCUCUUGAUCCAGAAUCGGAUGAAGAUGUUCCCGUGGACGCGGAGGAGCUUCAGGAAGCUCUGGGACGGCCGCCUCCAGUGAACACUAGCUACCUUCCUUUGCCAUGGAAAGGGCGUCUUGGAUACGCCUGCCUGAAUACAUAUCUCCGCUACUCCAAUCCUCCCGUUUUCUGCUCGCGCACAUGUCGUAUUGCCUCUAUUCUAGAGAACAGACAUCCACUACAAGAUCCUGAUCAGCCUCCACACGCCACGAAGAAUCGCCCAGACCUUGAACAGCCAGCGGAUGUGGCGCGUGGACAAGCAUUUGUCGAGGCCCUAGGCCUCGCCAAUGCGCGCGAUUUGGUCAAGCUCUUGCGCUGGAAUGACAAAUACGGCAUCAGGUUCAUGCGCCUCAGUAGCGAGAUGUUCCCGUUUGCCAGCCACAAAGAGUAUGGCUAUAAACUUGCCCCGUUUGCGUCUGAGGUUCUUGCAGAUGCGGGCCGGGUGGUCGCAGAGCUAGGCCAUCGAGUAUCCGUUCAUCCCGGCCAAUUCACGCAGCUGGGAUCUCCCAAGCGAGAGGUGGUCGAAAGCUCUUAUCGAGAUCUCGAGUACCACUCAGAGAUGUUACAACUCCUCAAGCUGCCCCCACAGCAAGAUCGGGAUGCGGUCAUGAUUCUGCACAUGGGCGGCGUUUUUGGCGACAAGGCUGCAACAUUGGACCGUUUCCGCGACAACUAUGCGGUGCUGUCGCAGGACAUCAAGAAUCGACUUGUCCUGGAGAAUGACGAUGUCAGCUGGACUGUUCACGAUCUUCUCCCUAUCUGCGAGGAAUUGAAUAUCCCCCUCGUUCUGGACUACCAUCAUCACAACAUCCUCUUCGACGCAAGCGAAGUGCGCGAAGGCACGCAAGACAUUAUUCCACUCUACGAUCGCAUUUCGGCCACCUGGUCCCGAAAGAAUAUAACACAAAAGAUGCAUUAUUCCGAGCAAACCUCGGCGGCCAUUACUCCUCGCCAACGGCGUAAGCACAGCGAUCGCGUGGCUACUUUACCACCCUGUGACCCUACGAUGGACCUUAUGAUUGAGGCCAAGGACAAGGAACAAGCCGUGUUCGAGCUAAUGCGGAACUUCAAGUUGCCCGGUCAUGAAUUACUCAACGAGCUAAUCCCCUACACGCGGACCGAUGAGAACAAGCCAUUCAAGCCACCACGCAAAUCUAAAAAGAAUGGCGGUUUCGUUGAUCUCGAAGGAUCUGUCCCGCCACCCCGCACCAUCCCCGAGGAAGAAGUGGGCAUGGGCGGACCAGAUCGAAGAGUCUACUGGCCCAGGGGAAUGGAAGAAUGGCUCCGUCCUGCAAAGAAAGUCGUGAAACCCAAGGCUUCAAGUCCAGCCAAACGUUCGACCCCCAAGAAAGCCAAGAGCGAGCCUGCCAAUCUGGAUGACAAACUGGAAACACCAGCAAAGAAAGCACCCAAAACGCCAACUCGGCGGACGCCAUCAACCAAGUCCCGCACUAAACGAAAGGCCGAACAAAUAGAGUCUACGCCAGAGUCGGAGGACUUGAGCAGUCUGUCUGUUGAAGUAGAGGAUACUGUGGCUACCUCUCAGGCGUCGACUCGGCGCAGUGGUCGUGCGAAGAAAGUCAACUAUACAGAGGAGAGUGCAUAG